CGGACGCCGCGGCGGUUAGAAGUGUCAUUAACGACGAACACGACGACGCGUCAAUUGGGAAGUGAACCAUACGGAACGCUCUGUUCGGAGCUCCGCACACAUUCCAUCUAUUGUCAGGAUUGUGUGAGUGCGCGCGUGUGUACCGUACAGUCGUAGUGUGCGUGUGGCUGCUUUGUCGGGGCAGUAGCAACAGUGGCAGAGUGCUUUAUUUUUAAUUCUUAAAGUUGCAUUCAGUAAGAAUUUGGCCGAACGGAUCGAGUCGCUUCGGCCAAAUGUGCAACGCGUAACGUUACAACAAGUGGUCCAAGAUGCAUCUAGUGUUAGGAUUUGUGUUAGCAUUAUGUCUCGGCAGCGGGAUGCGGCCAGCGAAUGCAGAAUACUACCAAAAAGACUCCUACUCCGAGUACAACUGCAACGAGCCGCUGCUGGAGUACGCCAAGCUGAGCGCCACCUCACAACUGCGGGAACGGGGGCCGGAAAAUGCCCGCCUGAACGCCCGCUCGGCCUGGACGCCGGUCGAGAAUACCUACUUCCACUUUCUGACCAUCGACCUGGGCGGGCGGAAGAUGGUCCGGAAGAUUGCGACGGCCGGCCGGGCCACCACCAACGAGUGCGUCACCGAGUACAUCGUCCAGUACUCGGACGACGGCGAGAUGUGGAAGUCGUUCACCGAUAGCGACGGGGAGGAGCAGCUCUUCAAAGGCAACAAAGACGGCGACUCCACUCGUCACAAUUCGUUCGAAGUGCCCAUCAUUGCCCAGUGGAUCCGGAUUAAUCCGACCCGCUGGCAGAACCGUAUCUCGCUCCGCGUCGAACUGUACGGAUGUCACUAUGAAUCCGAGAACGUCUACCUCAACGGAACGGGCCUGAUUCGGUACGAUCUGCUGCGGGAUCCCAUUUCAGCUACGCGGGAAACAAUCCGGUUCCGGUUCAAGACCGCCCAAGCCAAUGGGAUUUUGCUGUACUCAAGGGGAACACAGGGUGACUACCUGGCGUUGCAGAUCAAGGACAAUCGGAUGGUGCUGAACAUGGACCUGGGAUCGCGAAUCAUGACUUCGCUGUCGGUGGGCAGUUUGUUGGAUGAUAACAUCUGGCACGAUGUGGUCAUCUCGAGAAACCGAAGAGACAUCAUGUUCAGCGUGGAUCGUGUGAUCGUGGAGAAGAAGAUCAAGGGCGAGUUCGAUAAGCUGAAUCUUAAUCGAGCGUUCUAUAUCGGAGGUGUCCCCAACAUGCAAGAUGGUUUGAUUGUUCAGCAAAAUUUUACCGGGUGUAUCGAAAAUCUGUACCUCAAUGCAACGAAUUUCAUUCGGGACAUGAAGCAAGCCUACGAAGAGGGUGAACAUCUGCGUUACAUCAAAGUGCACGUCAAUUACAACUGUCCGGAGCCGCCGAUCAGUCCGGUAACGUUUCUGACACGGGGAUCGCACGCGCGGCUGAAAGGAUACUAUAGUGUGAAGCAGCUGAACGUGAGCUUCUCGUUCCGAACGUACGAAGAUAAGGGCUUGAUGUUGCAUCACGAUUUCCUGCGUGGCUCGGUUAAGGUGUACCUGGAGGAUGGAAAGGUGAAGGUCGCGUUGAAGAACGCAAAUGAGGAAAGUGCACCGGAGACGGUGCUGGAUAACUACGACGAGCAGUUUAACGAUGGAAAUUGGCACUCACUGAUGUUGGCGAUCAAGAAGGACAGCUUGGUGCUGAGCGUUGACGAGCGCCCGAUGGAGACUGUCAAAUUGCUGGACAUCAGCACCGGUGAGCUGUACUACAUCGGCGGCGGUAAAACGAAGGACGGUUUCGUCGGUUGCAUGCGAACCAUCGUCAUCGACGGCAACAUUCGACCGCCGUCGGAUUGGAAAGAGGAAGAUUUCUGCUGCAAAGGAGAGAUGCUGUUCGACGCCUGCCACAUGAUCGAUCGCUGUAAUCCGAACCCUUGCAAGCACAACGGAGUUUGCAAGCAAAAUUCUCUGGAGUUCCAGUGUGACUGUUCGGGAACUGGCUACGCUGGAGCCGUGUGUCACACUUCGUUGAAUCCGCUGUCCUGCCAGGCGUACAAGAAUGUUAACGUUGUGCAGUCGAGGACCACUAUCAACAUCGACGUGGACGGAAGUGGCCCGCUGGCACCGUUCCCGGUGACAUGCGAAUUCUACUCAGACGGUCGGGUGAUAACGGUGUUGAGCCACAGCUCGGAGCAUACGACCAGGGUGGAUGGCUUUUCGGAGCCGGGAUCGUUCGAACAGAAUAUCAUCUACGAAGCCGAUCUGCCGCAGAUUGAGGCACUGCUGAAUAGGUCGCAGUCCUGCUGGCAGCGGUUAAACUACGCUUGUCGAUCGUCAAGGUUGUUUAACUCGCCAUCUGAAGCGGAGAACUUCCGACCAUAUUCGUGGUGGGUUUCACGACACAACCAGCCUAUGGAUUACUGGGCGGGUGCGUUGCCAGGCUCGAGAAAGUGCGAGUGCGGUAUUCUGGGGACCUGUGUUGAUCCGACUAAGUGGUGUAACUGCGACGCGAACAGCUUGGAGUGGCAGGAGGAUGGGGGAGAGAUUCGAGAGAAGGAAUAUCUACCGGUGAAGGCGUUAAGGUUUGGUGAUACAGGAACUCCGGUCGAUGAGAAACUGGGUCGCUAUACGUUGGGUCCGCUGAAGUGCGAGGGAGACGACCUGUUCAACAAUGUGGUGACGUUCCGUAUCAAGGACGCAACCAUCAACCUACCGCCCUUCGAUAUGGGUCACUCGGGUGAUAUCUACUUCGAGUUCAAGACAACCGUUGAGGACGCCGUGAUUCUGAAUGCACGAGGUCCUACGGAUUUCAUUCGGUUGAUCAUUGUGGGCGGUACGAAGCUGCUGUUCGAGUACCAAGCCGGUACGGGAACUCAAAAGGUUUAUGUGGAGACUAGCUACUGGCUUAGCGAUGACCAUUGGCAUUCGGUGAGCGUCGAGCGUAAUCGUAAGGAGGCUCGAUUGGUGGUUGAUGGAUCGAUUCGAGCUGAAGUUCGCGAGCCUCCGGGUCCGGUUCGGGCGCUGUAUUUGACUUCGGAGCUGGUGCUGGGUGCUAGCAUCGACUACCGGGAUGGAUUCGUUGGGUGCCUUCGGGCGUUCUUGCUGAAUGGAAACCAUGUGGAUCUGAGGAGCUACGCAGAGCGAAAACUGUACGGUGUUACUCCGGGAUGUGUUGGUCGUUGCGAGUCUAAUCCAUGUCUGAACAACGGAACGUGUACGGAACGGUAUGAUAACUUCCUUUGCGAUUGCCGUUGGAGUGCAUUCAAGGGGCCGAUUUGCGCUGAUGAAAUCGGAGUCAACAUGAAGGCCAGUUCGAUGAUCAAGUACGACUUCCAGGGUGCGUUCCGUUCGACGCUGCACGAACGCAUUCGUGUCGGAUUCACCACUACCAAUCCGAAGGGCUUCCUGCUGGGAUUCUUCUCCAGUCAAACGAAGGAAUAUCUGACGAUCAUGGUUUCGAAUUCGGGUCACAUUCGAGUGGUGUUCGAUUUUGGCUUUGAACGGCAGGAGUUGAUCUAUCCGACGAAGAACUUCGGAUUAGGCCAGUACCAUGACGUGCGGUUUUCGAGAAAGAAUGGCGGAUCUACGGCCGUGCUGCAGAUCGAUGACUACGAACCACAGGAGUACAACUUUGAUAUCAAGGAUUCGGCUGAUUCUCAGUUCAACAACAUCGAAUACAUGUACAUCGGAAAGAAUGAAACGAUGAAGGAUGGUUUCAUUGGAUGUAUUUCAAGGGUACAGUUUGACGACAUCUAUCCAUUGAAGUUCCUGUUCCAGGAGAACCCUCCACCAAAUGUAAAGUCGUUGGGAACUCCCCUGACGGAAGAUUUCUGCGGAGUGGAACCGGUAACGCAUCCUCCGAUUGAGGUCGAGACUCGUCCUCCACCAGAGGUGGACGAAGAUAGGCUGCGCGAUGCCUAUGGACCGGAUACUGCUGUCUUGGGAGGUGUCCUAGCAGUUCUCAUCUUGCUAUUUAUAAUCAUGGCCAUCUUGAUUAGUCGCUAUAUGAACCGCCACAAGGGCGAAUAUUUGACGCAAGAGGACAAGGGUGCCGAUGCGGCUCUUGAUCCGGACGAUGCGGUAGUGCAAUCGACUACCGGUCAUCAAGUAACCAAACGAAAAGAGUGGUUUAUUUAAUUUUUUGAAAGCUAUGAGGGACUUUCUUUUCCAAAAAAAAAAACAAACCAACCAACAAAUCAACAAUUAACAGCAGCUGUAUAUAAUGUGUUCAACACGCGUACAUCUAUUUUCUUCCGUUUUUAAGUUGAUUGUCCGUAUUGCUAGAAAACAUAAUCUUUUUCUAUGCAACAUCUACCUACCUACUUCCGAGCAUGUCUUUCACAUCACUUAUUAACUUAGUAAGCCAGAUUCAUCCGAUUCAAACGGGACAUUAACUGGAAUCAAAGUAGGCCUUGAAGACACGCAGAGAAAAACGGAAGCAGCAUUUCGAUUAGUUCUUUUGUUUUGAAUUUUAUUUCAUAAGGCGAUAGAUUUUUUAUUAUUACUGAUUUUAGCCGUCCAUUAUCGUACUUUCUUUUAAUUAAUUAAUUAAUUAAUUUCAAACAAUCGAAUGAUAAUCUGAGUUAGAGCUUAAGGGCGUUUAUUAAGUUCGAAACAGUUGGUUCAUUUCUAUCGAAUGAACGGACAUAAAAUAAAUAAUUAUCUUUCAAUGCAAAACAGAAUCGGAAAGCGAGGGGAGAAAGUUUAUAAAUUUUAACAGUGUAGGUUUAGUGUACUGCGGUUAUAGUUGUUUAGAAUCUCGUUCUUUCAUUUCCGGCAAAUUUUUUAGAGCGCAGAGUGAAGCAUGAAGACAUUGAAACAUUCGCCGAAUCCGACGAAUGUUUCACGAUGUGUAGCAUUUCAAAAAUCUUCUUCUUUUCUAAGCAAACAAAUGAGAGAAAAACUACAAAGAAUGCAACCAUUUACAGAAACCGGUAAAGUUCGGUCGAGUUUACAUCUGAAGACAUGUCAGAAGUGUAAAUAGUUUUUCAAAUACAAAAACAAAGUAACGAAA